CUUGCGCUCUUCCCGGCUCCCUCUGUCCCGUGUGCGGCGGAUUCCUAAGCCAAGCAGCCGCGCCUCCCCCCUCGCCGCCUUCCCGCUGCCCUGUCACGCUCUUGCCGAACCGAACCAGAGCCUCAACCGGCUGUACAAGCGGGACCACCACCCACCCUCUCUCGGACGAAGUUGACGAGUUGCCAUUUGGGGCUCAGGGUUGGAGCCCAGAGCAGCCAUCACAAUAGCGUCCAACAGCUGGAACGCCAGCGGCAGCCCCGGGGAGGGGCGAGAAGAUGGACAGGAGGGCAUGGAUAAGAGUCUGGACAAUGAUGCCGAAGGAGUGUGGAGUCCAGACAUUGAGCAGAGCUUCCAGGAGGCACUGGCGAUAUACCCGCCCUGUGGCCGGCGGAAGAUUAUCCUUUCAGACGAGGGCAAGAUGUAUGGUCGCAAUGAAUUAAUAGCACGGUACAUCAAGUUAAGGACGGGGAAAACACGGACAAGAAAACAGGUGUCCAGCCAUAUACAGGUUCUAGCUCGGAAGAAGGUGCGAGAGUACCAGGUUGGCAUUAAGGUCUCUAGCCACUUGCAGGUUCUAGCCAGACGGAAAUCUCGUGAGAUUCAGUCCAAACUGAAGGCUAUGAACUUGGAUCAGGUCUCAAAGGACAAGGCUCUGCAGAGUAUGGCUUCCAUGUCAUCUGCGCAGAUUGUGUCUGCCAGUGUCCUGCAGAACAAGCUCAGCCCCCCUCCUCCACUCCCUCAGGCUGUCUUCUCUGCUGCUCCCAGGUUUUGGAGUGGGCCUCUCCCAGGACAGUCUGGACCUUCUCAGGACAUUAAACCUUUUACACAACCAGCCUACCCCAUCCAGCCACCCAUGCCUCCAUCACUAGCCAGCUACGAGCCGCUGGCUCCUCUCCCACCUGCUGCCUCGGCUGUGCCAGUCUGGCAGGAUCGUACGAUUGCCUCCACUAAGCUGCGGCUCCUUGAGUAUUCAGCAUUCAUGGAAGUGCAGCGUGACCCAGAAACGUAUAGCAAGCACCUCUUUGUGCAUAUUGGGCAGACAAACCCCUCCUACAGUGACCCUCUACUGGAAGCAGUGGACAUCCGCCAGAUCUAUGACAAGUUUCCUGAGAAGAAAGGUGGCCUGAAGGAGCUCUAUGAGAGGGGACCUCAGAACUCUUUUUUCCUAGUGAAGUUCUGGGCGGAUCUGAACAGCACCAUUCAGGAUGGUCCUGGUGCUUUUUAUGGUGUGAGCAGUCAGUAUAGCAGCGCAGAAAAUAUGACCAUCACAGUCUCCACUAAGGUGUGCUCCUUUGGAAAGCAAGUAGUCGAGAAGGUGGAGACUGAAUAUGCACGAAUGGAAAAUGGACGGUUUGUCUACCGAAUCCAUCGGUCCCCUAUGUGCGAGUAUAUGAUCAACUUCAUCCAUAAACUCAAACACCUCCCAGAAAAAUACAUGAUGAACAGCGUCCUGGAGAAUUUCACCAUCCUGCAGGUUGUUACAAACAGAGAUACCCAGGAAACCCUGCUGUGCAUAGCCUUUGUUUUCGAGGUCUCCACCAGCGAGCAUGGGGCCCAGCAUCACGUAUACAAGUUGGUUAAAGACUAGAGGCCCCUCUGGGGUGACCAGGCAAUUUGAGGGAGAAGUCUUGUCAAGGGAAGCCACCUGUAUAGGAUGCCUUGACACAAGUCUUUUGAAAGCAAACAACAAAAAGAUGCCAAAAAGGACUGUUUCACAAUCACAGAUGUUUUCUACUUAGGAACAUUUUUUUAAACAAACAGAAAAAAUACAGGAAACCAUAAAGUCGAAGGAGUUCUAUCUGAAGGCAGCAGGGGCAGGACUGUCCCUGGAGGCUUAGGUCAUCAGUAUUUCAGGAGGCGUUAUUGCUAAGGCCUGGUGUCUCCAGAGGCCUUUCCCAGCACACAGUACCGCACCACGAUCUGGGGAAAUGAGACUGUUCCCUUCUUAAUAUCUGAACAUGCCUGGGUUUUGUUUUGGGGUUGUUGUUUUUUUGCUGAAAAGUGGGUUCUGUCCUCAAAACCAAAUUAUCCUGGUGGCUUUCAUCUGCAGAAAAAAGUUUGUGCGGAAGCUGCUGAGGAUGUCUGUUCUGAGAAGCAAGAGGAAGUCAAGUGCUGCCUUGCUCUUAGUCAGCUGGUUCCCAUUCUGCUUGGGAAACUGACAAAGAUGAUGAAAACUCUUCUUCAGUCUAUUGCUACAGGCUGUGCGUGGAACCAGCACAGGGAAUUGGCAGAAUACAUCUUGGAGCAGCACAUAACCAUUUCAUUAAUUAUAAGAAAGUGAUUUUGUUCCCAUGGGGUGCUGGGCAUUUUCUGUUGUGGGAUCUGACCUGCUACUGCAUCUCUUGUUGUGAUGUUGGUGGGGAAGGUAUAAUAGGAGUGUGGCAACCUUAUACCCAUGUCCCAGAUAUUUGAGUCAUACAUGGGAGUAUGGCUGCAGAAUGAAUGAGUAUAUUUGUCUGAACACCAAUGAGAAAAGGAGGCUCUUAAGUGUCUGUGAGAUCUAUAAAAGGUUAAAGUAUGUUUUAGGAGAAAGGAAAAGAGGGAUUAGCUGGAGAAAAGCAAUUCAGGAAGCUACUUAGUAAAACAGAAUGCAGGUUGAAGAUAAACAGGCUGGUUCUAGGUGAUCUGUGAAAUGAAAUGGCAGUUUGGAGAAAUAUUUGGGCUGGUGAAACUAGGGGUGGGGGCGCACAAGGGUUUUUAACUAGCUCUGCCAUAUCAGAAAAAUAUGGGAAAAUCUUAGACCAAAGUUGUUGCUCUUUGGGCAUUGUUUUGGUGAGAGAUUCAUUUUCCCUUCUGCUUCUCUGUUCCUCUGUAGUUGUCACCCAAGACAGGAGGACAAGCUGUGACUUGUCUCUCCUUUGAAUUCUGUACUUCACAGCUAGUAUAUCCUUGCGGGGGGGGGGGUUGGAGGCUAAAACCAAAGCAAAAACUGAGUAAUCUGGAAGGCCAAACCCAGGGAUAUGCUGACAGGUGGAAUGACAUAGAAUUUGGGUCUGUACAUUGUCAUUAGAAAGCAGCAGAGUUUGCUGUUGGCAAUACUGGGGAAAGUUUCUGUGUAAGGUUUCAGCAUGAGUAUAAGCCUCUGUUCCUUCAGCCUGGAGUCUAAUGCAGUGGGCCCACAAUUUAAAUUGGUGCUUUUAGGAAUCCUGUUACAUGAAUCGUGCCAAGACCUCAGUGCCCUCACUGCACAUGGCACCUCCAGGGCUCUGACCCAUUGCUUUUUAGCUAUACUUUGUCUUAAAUGCUUAGCUUGUAGUUUUAAAUAAUAGAGGAACUAACAGAAUGUGUAUGGUUUGUGCCUUUUUCUACCAUUGAACUUUUCUUACCUUGUCCUUUAGCUUGGCUACAUUACAGUUUUUUUAAAAGGUGGUUGAAUUGAUAUUUUUCUCCUUACUCCUCAGUAAAGGAGAUUGCCAUGUCUAGCAGGAAUUAAAAUGUUCUGGUCUAAGUCUGUCUGCUUUUGCAAAUCCUAGUACUUGGAUGUCUGCCCAGCCUUCAACUUUAUCUAUUCCUAAGGUGCUGCAAAGAGGGGCUUUACCACCAGAAUGGUUUUCAUAGUGGCGUCAUUAUGUGUGGAAUGCCACCUCUCCCCUGGGGGAAAAAAGGGGGGUGGCAGUGAGAGGGAGCUGGGAAUUCAGGAUCGUGUUGGAAAGAAACGUGUGCUAAAAGAAAAACAGAGAUACUGAAGAUUACACAUUUGAUGUGUGUCAUUAGAACAUGAGGCUUGGGUGUAAAUGUCAGAGAUCUUCCCUUCACAUAUUUUUUAUUUCUCAGAAGAUUUUCUUUCCUUGUCUUUACUUGCCAUUGUCUGCCUUAGAGGGUAGGAGGUGAUGUCACAAAUACUGACCUUUUUAAGUAAAAGUCUUGCUGCCCUGCUUUUCCUAGCUGACUUGGGUGUUGCCUUCAGUUUUGGCCUGCAUCUCCACUGCAUUGUUGGAUUAGUACACGCUUCAGCUACUUGGAUGAUCAUCUUUGCCUGGAGGACCAGGAACAAAGGUUUUGGUUGACCCUGACUUUGAGUAGCAGACUGAGAAAGUUCCUACGAGUCUUUGGACUGUCGCUUGAAUGCAGUAUGCAGCCUGUUAUUCUGUGAAGCAACACUGUGAGAACAACUGACAGGGUAGUCUCCCAGUUUUUUGAAGGACCUUUUUAAUUAAUGUAAUUUUUUUUCCUGUGAAGUGUUUUUAAUUGAUGCCACACAAGGAUUUCUGGAAAACUCCACCAGGACAUUGAAAUGAACACUCCUGUGUCUAUUAUAUGAGACCCUCUAAAAUGGUAACACUGAUGGGAACGGUACAUGGGGCUACUUUGAUAGAGCAGCAAGCUACACUGCUUAGAAACAGUACUUUGCCUGUAACGUGUUUCACGCUACUGGGGGAUGAGCAACGGGUGCUGGAAGUCCCAGGAAGCACUUGUAAGCAGAGUUCAGAUGAACAUCUCUUCUGCUCCCUGCCUCCAAUAUGUUGAUCCUGCCACACAGUCUUUCUAGGCAAAGCAGAUGGUCACAUGCAUGAUUGUGUAUGAAUCUUCUGCAAAGCAGGUCUCUGGAGUACCACAACACUGCAGUGCCAGCUCAACAUUUAGGUACGUUUGGAGAUCCCUUGUGCUUUUGGAUAGAGGCACAGCACCCCUGGAAUCAACUAACAGUUAUAGUAAUAAAAGUGGGAGAAGGCAUCUUUAGAAAAGGGGUGGGAUGUUGAAUUCCUUUUCCAUUACAGCCAAGAUCUGUGCAUUUUGCUAGGAGGAGAGGGUUGGUUAGUUUAUAUGUAGCAUGUUUCUUUUCGUUCCUAGAUUAAAAACUCUGGGAAUUAAGAUUAAAACUUUCCCUGUUCUCCUUAGCCCAUAUACACUAAAACAUCCCUUUUCUACUAAACAUGCCUUUUAAGAGAGGAGGGCUCAUAUAUGCACAAACUCUCGACUGGGCAGACUUAAGUGUACACAUGGGGGAGAGUAGAUAAAAACUUUAGUUUUGCCCAACCCCGCAUUUCUUUAUAUAUAACCACUUCCUUGUAUUUUAUCCACAGCCAUCUUUGGAGAUUGGCUUGAAGUAUUUUGCAUAACCCACUCCCUUAAACUGGACUGUGUUACAUUGCUCAUUCUUUUUCUCUCCUUCAAUGCAUUCGUGUUUUUAGUUUCUGUGCAGAAUGCAUUUAAAUGCUACCCCUCCCAGGUAUCUUGCUGCAGAAUCCCUUUACCCUUUGGCCUCUAGCUUUCAGGCACAAAUGUACAUACAAACCACUGCCCAUUUUAUUUUACUGUCCCAGCAAAGAAUGGCAGCAAGGCUAGGGAGAUGACAACGGCAUAGAUCUCUCUUAGCUGGACAUAAUACAGGUACCCCAAAAGAAAGUACAAGUCCCCCCCACACACACACACAUCCCCAUGUAUUUAUGAAUUUCACAUGAAGUAUGUUUUAUUUUUUUAAAGACUUUGUAAAGCUUACCAGGGUUAUGGUCACCUUUUUAGAGCUCUGUCAGUCCACAGUGUAAAACCGUUUUUAUGUAUUAUAUUUUUGUGUAUUUUUUUAAUCCAGCUGUGAUGGGUUGUAUCAUAUAAUGUUGUGUUUACUGUAUGUCCAUCUUCAAAUAGAUGAGACAGUGGAGCUCCUUAAAAAGCUAUGGUCUGCUGAAAAUCAAUUAAACACAUUUGUUCAUGGGUUGGCUCAAAAA